AUGCGACCGGCCCGCCACACCGUCCGCAACUCGCGGCGGAUCGCGCCGCUGGCCACUCGGAGGAGGCGCCGCCCCCCCGUCCCCCGCCGCGUCACCGGUCGGUCGGUCGGCCGGUCCGCCGGCGACCGGUUCGUGCGCCAGCCGGCUCCGCCGCGCCGCGCCGCGCCGCGCCGUCCUCCCCGGCCGUGCUGUUUUUCUCCGGCGCCGCCACCGAGCGACUGGGGCGGCGUGAGGCCGCGUGACGGCCGGCGACCAGCGCCGCCAGUCGGUCCGACGCCUCUGCGCCGUGCAGGUGUCCACGCUGUGUGCUGUGCUGUGCUGUGCUAUACCGUAUCGCACGCUGUCGUACCGAGCACUGUGUCGCGCUGUGCAGCGCUGAGCGCCACUGUCCGUCAGUGCCUGUGUGUGAUCGCUGCUGUGUGUCCGGCCUACCGGAGGGCAGAUAGGAGGAGGAAGUGUGCCGAAGCUGAAGCGGAAGCGGAGCCGACCAUGUCGUCCAUGGUGCCGGCAGAGGUCAGGAGGCUGUCCAGCUGUCCCAACAUGCCGUCCGUAACCCACUACAUCGCCGUCAAGGGCUCGCUCUUCGCCGUGGAGACGUACAUCUUCGGCAUCAACGACUCCCACUUUACUGAGGAGGCGCAGAAGCUGGGCGUCACCGACCUGACGGUCAGUCAGUGCGUCAACGGCGUCAUCCUCAACCGGGACCCCAUGUACGUGGUCAACCUGGUGGCCCGCUUCGGCUACGAGGUGAUCGCCGCCUCCGGUGGCCAGGAGUGCAUGUGGACCUUGAAGAGAACCAUUGAGAUGUAGUUCUGCACUCGGCCCACACGCGUCGCCACCGUCGCCGCGCCGCGUCAGUGGAAGGGAGGGAGGGUGAACUGUGCUGACUGCUAAAAAGCACAGCCGAUGCGGUUGGUAUGACCGAGUCGGCCUUCAAGCGGUGUCUCCAAACUGUUCUUAGAGUAGUUUGGAGGGUGUAGCGGGCUGGCUGAGCUAGGUAGCAUGCAUCUGACGAUUUUAUCGGCCGAAUGAUCUGAGGGAGAGUUAUUUGGAAAUGCGACUUCAGUCAAUCCAAACAGCUUUAGUGGUGAACUUCAGAUGCGUUUGAGGCUUUCAAAAUGUUUUCGAUCAAAGGAACGGUACAAAGCACAAAAUGGAUGCUAGGUGUGACGAGUGUUACUGUUACCCGAAUAGCAGUGAUGCGUUAUGUUACUCCCUUUGCACGGUUAUUUACUCAAUUAUUACGUUAUUUGCCUUGUUUACGUCCAGUGUUGAAAGGAUAGGUCCUUAUAUCUUGCCGAUGAGUUAGAGAAUGCACCACAAGGGCGCAAACAUAUAUGUCGAGUAGCGUACCUCAUUGUAUCGAUGUAGGUUGUGGUCGUCUGGUGGUGGGUCUCCCUGGUAUCUGAGCGUGUUGCGCGUACCCUCUUUUCUCUCCCCGAGCGCCCCCAUCUGCGCUACAGCGCUUGUUUUUGCGCCGGCGCCGCGGAUUCGAACCCCCGUGGCCCGUGCCUGUCCCGUCCGGCCCGACAGCCCGGCUGAGUGGACGGUAGGGUGCCGCACUGUGCCAUCUCGCUGUGAUCGGAACGUACCGUGUUUGUGUGCGUGUUUGUGUGCGUGUUUGUGGUCCUGUAUCGUUUGCCUUAGAUCGGCGGGAGGCCGCGCCCAAUGCUGUGGGCCCCGCGUUGGGCCUUGUAAGGUCCUUCAUGGCUAGACUCCCGGGCGGUAGCCGUGUGCCAUUUUCAAUGUCAAACUGCUUCCUAAGAGCCGCCGCGCUCGUCAUGGACACACCACCUCCACACGGCUUGUCGGCCAUCGUGCCAUGUCAGCUACCACCACCGCCCCGCCAAAUGAGAAAUACACGUCAUCUCACAGCA